CCAGGCGCUAUGACAGCCCUUGCCAUUUUAGUGUUCAAUCAUUGAAUGUCGCACAUCGGCGUUUUGGCCCCGUUCCAAUCUUUUAGGUAUUGUACUGACUACCUACCCUAACCGUUAGGUAUUAGGUACUACUUCGUACAAGUACUUGAUACAUUACCUAGUAAAUUAUAGGUAGCACUUGAGGACCUUGGGUAUUGUAGGACAGACAUACGUACGUACGUGACUUUAUCCUCAGCCUCGUGCGCGACCCUCUAAUCUCUAACCCUACUUCUUACCAAGAAUAAAUAACUAUAGCUGUGCUCAAAACCGACUAACUUGCUUUUCUUUUGACCACUAUACUGAUCUUUUUGAACCGAAUUUCUACUUCACAAAUGGUACCGAAUCCGUCCUAGGUCUAAGAAUACCCGACGCCAUGUCGGCCAACGAACCGGCGCCAAAUGGCCAUAGUCGCAGCCCAGAACGCGACACCGACUCGAGGACAGCUACCGAAUCAGACAAAGGCCAGGACAAUGCGCCGAAGCGAAAAGCUUCAUCUCCCCCACCAGCGGCUGCAGAUGACCUUAACCAGUCGCUCAAGAGGACCAAGCUAGAAAACAAUGUAAAAGAUCGCGAGUCUACAGGAGCGCUGUCGAGACCUACAGAACGCAGCACAGAUCGCCGCGAAAAUGCUCAGCAGGAAGAAAAGAAGCGCGGGAAGCGAUUAUUCGGUGGUUUGCUAAGCACAUUAAGUCAAACCACUUCCAGCUCUCAACAAAAGAGACGCCAAGAGAUUGAGCGACGACAGCAGGACAAAGUUCACCAGCAGAGGGCCCAAUAUGAUAAGCAGAGAGAAGAGAAGCUAGCCAAGCUGAACCAUAUACGACAAAUUGAACAGCUUGGAUUCGAAGAGCGAGUGAUGAAAACUAGACACGCAAAUAUGCUCGCGAUGGCACGCUUCCUGGAGACUAGGAGUACCCCCAAGAUCUUUUACUUGCCGUGGGAUCCUACAGAGGAGCAGGAAGACAUAAUCAAGGACCAAAUACGAGAGGCCGAGGCCACCGUCGAGCGAGAGGUCCACGAAUUCAAGCGACAGAAACAGCAGAGAGCAGAGGCGUUAGGUAUCGAAAUCGAAUCCGAACCUCCUACAUCAGAGCCCAAGGAAAUAGUGGGUAGCAAAACUAAUGAUGAGCAUCUUACUGAUCUUCCCAAAUCCAUUCCCACUGCUAACCGCCCCCCCUCGUUUUCCGGUAAGGCUGGUCACGAGAAAGAGCCAGACAGAGCAGACGACGUCAUGAUUGAGGAAGUGGAGGACACGGUAAUCUAUUAAGCUACUGCGUCCCCCAGUUCCUUCUCUUCUUCUUUUAUUUUCCCGUUUUAUUCCCCCUCCGGUUAUGUUACUGGGUAUCAUGAGAGAAAAACAAUGGUAACGGAUUUGGGAAGUGACGUCUGUUCCUGUCACGACAUGGAGUUAUAUCACAGCAUGGAACUAUUAUCUGAAAAGGUUUUUGGGCAGGAUGGAUGGGGUGGGAUAGGCGGGACCUCCAAUGUAAGUUUCGAGUUCUCGGAACCAACUAAAAGCUCAGCCGAUGCUGAUAGUGGGUUUUCAACGCGCUUGACGAUAUCCAAUAAUUAACUGAAUUGACUGUUUUUUGAUAA